AUGGCCACCCCGGGUCUUACCAUCGUGAUAAAGCUAGGAACGAGUUCUAUUGUCGACGAGAAAACACAUGAGCCUAUUCUAUCCAUUCUCACAACAAUUGUGGAGACGGUAGCAAAACUGCGCAAAGAUGGUCACCGGGUCGUUCUAGUGUCGUCGGGUGCAGUCGGCGUCGGUCUGCGGAGGAUGGACGUUGAAGAAAGACCAACAUAUCUGCCCCGAAUACAGGCACUUGCUGCAGUUGGUCAAUGCCGACUCAUGAGUCUCUGGGAUAAUCUUUUCUCCCACCUUAGAGUCCCCGUGGCUCAGAUCCUUCUGACAAGAAAUGACAUUGCCGAUAAUACUCAAUAUGUCAACGCUCAAAAUACAUUCGAGCAACUUUUUGAUAUGGGCGUCAUUCCCAUUGUUAACGAAAACGACACACUGGCUGUUUCUGAAAUCAAAUUUGGCGACAAUGAUACUCUUUCUGCAAUCACUGCGGCUACGGUCAAGGCUGAUUACCUGUUCUUGAUGACAGACGUAGACUGUCUUUAUACAGCUAACCCGCGCAGCGACCCCAACGCACAGCCGAUUGAGGUUGUCUCUGAUAUCUCUAUGCUAGAGGCUGAUGUUUCAUCUGCCGGAUCAGCCUUGGGCACUGGAGGUAUGAGCACAAAGAUCGUGGCCGCGAAGCUCGGAACAAGCGCUGGCGUGACGACUAUCAUCACCAAGAGCUCAAAGCCCGGAAAUGUUCAUGAGAUUGUGAAGUAUCUGCAAGCGCUACAAAAUAUUGGAAAUCUCGAUGAAGCGGCGGCUGUUGCCAAUAUACCCAAACCUCCUCUUCACACCAGAUUUCUUCCUUCUGAUGCCCCCAUCCAAUCUCGAACAUUCUGGUUACUUCAUGGACUUACGCCUCACGGCUCUUUGUAUAUUGAUACAGGUGCUUACGAAGCACUCCUCAACAAGGCCAGCCUUCUCCCCGCUGGGGUGCUUGGAGUUGAGGGCCAUUUUGGACAACAAGAAGCUGUACGCCUAAUUGUUGUGGAUCGGCCUUCUCCUGAUGCUCUGAAUGGAGACUUCAUCCACCAUGCCCAAGAACCCAAGGAGGUGGGUCGCGCCAUUGUGAACUAUGGAAGCAUUGAGAUCGCACAUAUCAAGGGCCACCGGAGUACGCAGAUUGAGUCAUUACUUGGCUACGCGGAUAGCGAUUAUGUAGCAUUGCGAGAUAAUAUCUCGUUUCACCCCGAAGACCGGCAUAAUCACCCAGUGACCCCAGCAUUAACGCCAGCUCUGGAGGAGUGGAAAUCCCCACGGACAUCGCCAUGA